UGGACCCCUGCUAUAGAAGAGAUACAUAUCUGAAGGCAUAUGCAGAUGAGAAUGCUUAAUAUGUGGCAUUGUUAAUUGUGUGUUAAUUGUGUACGUUCUUUACAUAAUAUUUGAACUUGGAUCUUUUUUUUUUGUAGGAUCAAUUCCUCCAGUGGAAGGGCAAAGGCAUUGGCCUCAAGUUGCUUGCCCCUUAGAUCCACCUCCUAUUAAAAUAGGGCCAGGUCGACCUAGAAAGAAUCGGAUCAAGGAUCCAUUUGAACACCCAAAAAAGCCUGGACAUUUAACCAAGUCAGGUGUAGAGAUGACUUGCAGUCUUUGUUCAGUGAAAGGCCACAACAAGCGAAACUGCCCUAAUAAAGACAAUGCACCUCCAAGAGAACCACUAGCAAAAAAGGCAAGGGGAAGGCCAAGGAAGGAUGCCCAACCACCUGCACAUACAGUAACCACAUCAACUGCUGCUCCUGCACAUCAUGCAGCAAGUGCUCAACCAACACAAUUAGGAAGAGGUGGAAGAAGUAUUAGAGGAGGUAGGGGGUCAAGGGGGGGUGGGAGAUCUGCACGUGGAGGUGGGACAGCAGGACAGGGAAGAGGAAGGGGCAAGGGAAAGCUGCCAAAGGGAGUUGGGGUUUUAUUUUCAGCAGAUGGUUCUGUUGUGACAGCUAGAAGGGGGAGAGGCAGGCCAAGAUCAACCCAGUUGCAGCAACCUGGUGUCAUCAGCCAAUCCAGCCAAGCAUCUACUGUUAUUCAGCAAACUCAGUGAAUAUGUGGAACACCUAAUGCUAAUUAUAUGUACUAGUGAUUGGUGUUUUGAAUAGCCUUUUAAAUUUAGUAUUUAGAACCUUGCUUUGAAUUUCAUUUUGUUUGAUUUGCAAUGUCAGCAUUCAAGACAUGUAUGUAACUUGGAUUACAUUUGAACUUAUUAUGACAAGCACAAAGCUUUUGAUAGAUUUGCUUUAUUUCU